GCGCCAAACCCAUCAUUUGCGUUCCAUUUCACGAUCCACAAUCUAGUUGUACGUCCGAUGCCGAGCACGACGAAAGUAAGUAAGGCAGUUGACUUCAAGCUGUAAAGUGAUUUCUAGUGUAUAAUCACGGUUUUCAUCUCUUUAUUGCAACCUCUUAGGCUUCUCGAGCUUUCCAAAAAUUGUAGGACGAUUCGCCGGACUCGCCGCCGCCGCCAUCAAUUUCUCGAAUUGCUAUAAACUGCUAAGGAGGAAGAGAUAGUUGUAAUUGAUCGUAGAUAUUUUACAAGACGAAUCGAUAUAGUUUUUUUUUUUUAUGCUAGAAGACUAGUUUGUUUGAUUGUACAAAUUUUAAACCUCGUGGCAAGUUAUGGAUCAGGUAUCCACAUUGAAGGACAAAGGAAAUGCAGCCUUAAAAGAGGGAAAGAUCGAAGAAGCGAUCGAUUUUUACUCACAAGCCAUAGAAUUAGAUCCAAAUAAUCAUAUAUUAUAUAGUAAUCGUUCGGCUGCUUACGCAAAAGAAUGCCAAUACACCAAAGCUCUUGAAGACGCAGAGAAGACGGUAUCGCUUAAGCCUGAUUGGGGUAGGGGGUACGUUAGGAAAGCUCACGCUUUAUCUCAAUUAGGAAGAACGGAUGAAUCUGUUUCGACGUGUAAAAUUGGACUGUUGGUAGAGCCGGAUAACGAACAGCUUAAAGCCGGUGCUCAAGGAAUUAAUUCGUCGCUACGUUUUUCAAAUCCAGUCCUGCAUCAAGAUCUAGAUUAUCUAAAAUAUGACUCUCGACUUAAAGCUUAUUAUGAAGAUCCUGAGUUUGUGAAACUUAUGGAUGAUUUGAAGACUAGUCCCGAACUUUCAGGUAAUCAUGUUCAAGAUUCAAGAGUACUUGCGGCUCUUAGCGUAGCCUUAGGAAUGCGUGAUAAUAAAACUGAAAAAAUGGAUGUCGACCCACCACAAGAAAAGAAGAAAGAAUCAGAAUCAAAAUCCGAAGAUAUUCUACCAGAAAGGAAGGAAGCUUUAGAUGAAAAGAAUUUAGGAAAUGUAGCGUAUAAGAAGAAAAACUUUGAAGAAGCUUUAAAACACUACAACAAAGCUGUUGAAUUGGACCCCUUAGAAAUUAUGUACUAUUUAAACAUAGCUGCAGUUUACUUUGAACAGAAAGAAUACAACGCAUGUAUAGCACAAUGUGAAAAGGCUAUUGAUAUUGGUAGAGAAAACCGAGCUGAUUUCAAACUCAUAGCAAAAGCUUUCACAAGAAUUGGUCAUUCUCAUAAAAAAAUGGACAAUUUAAAACAGGCUAAAGUUUAUUACGAGAAGUCAAUGUCAGAACAUCGAACACCAGAAAUUAAGACCUUGCUUUCCGAGAUUGAGAAAACAAUUAAAGAAGAUGAGAGAAAAGCAUAUAUCGAUCCUGUAAAAGCAGAGACAGAAAAUAAAUUGGGAAAUCAAAAGUUCAAGGAAGGUGAUUAUGCCACUGCUGUUAAACAUUAUUCAGAGGCAAUUCUGAGAAAUCCAGAUGAUUCAAAAUACUACAGUAACAGAGCAGCGUGUUACACAAAAUUAGCUGCAUUUGACUUAGGUUUAAAGGAUUGUCAAAAAUGUGUAGAGAUAGAUCCAAAGUUUAUAAAAGGUUGGAUAAGAAAGGGCAAGAUUCUUCAAGGUAUGCAACAACAAGGAAAGGCAAUAACAGCAUAUCAAAAAGCAUUAGAUUUGGAUCCAAGUAAUGUCGAAGCCCUCGAAGGUUAUCGUUCAUGUUCAGUCGCUGUAAGUUCCAAUCCCGAAGAAGUAAGAAAGAGAGCAAUGGCUGAUCCAGAAGUUCAAAGUAUUCUCAGAGAUCCUGCUAUGAGAAUCAUUUUGGAACAAAUGCAAAGUGACCCUAAAGCUUUACAAGAUCAUCUAAAGAAUCCCGAUAUAGCAGCAAAACUUAAUAAGCUAUUGGAAUCAGGACUGGUAGCCAUACACUGAUGAAUUUAAUAUUUACAGAAAACACUUUUAUACAGUUAUAGCUACAAUGAAAAAAGCUUUUGCCGUUAAGUUCUUUACGAGCAAAGAUCAAUUUGAAGUAACGUAUAUUUCAUUGUUGUCGUCAAGUCCUGUAUCAACUUUUUACAAGAUAUGGUAU